AUGUCCGAGGAGAAAGCUACAGCACCAGUUGAAAUUACUUCAACUUCAUCUGGCUCAAAGGAUUUAGAAAAUCACAUUGGAGAUGAUCAAGUACAUUUGGAAUUAAAACAUCAUACCCUUGCAGAAAUUGAAGCAAGUGGGGCAUGGUAUGAUAAGACACUUAGUAUAUUUGGCAAGAAGUUCCACUAUUCCAAUGCCAUGGUUCAAAUUUGUAUGUGCGCUUUCGUUAUUUUCAUGACUCCUGGUAUGUACAAUGCCCUUACUGGUAUUGGGGCUUCGAUUUCCGAUAAACCAACUGCCGAUAAUGCUUCAGUUGCAUUGUAUUCGACAUUUGCGACUAUUGGGUUCUUUGGUGGUACUAUAUGUAAUACGAUUGGUGUUCGUGCAUCAUUAAUUCUUGGUGGUUUAGGAUAUGCUUUAUAUGCUGGUUCAUUAUUAUCUUUUAACCAUAAUGAAAAUAAAGGAUUUGUUAUCUUCGCUGGUGCAUUCUUGGGUGUUUGUGCCGCUGUGCUUUGGUCUGCUCAAGGUUUAGUUGUGUUGAGUUAUGCCACUGAACAGAAUAAAGGUAAGGCAAUUAUGAUUUUUUGGGUUAUUUUCAAUUUGGGUGGCGUUAUUGGCUCCAUUAUUCCUUUGGCUAAUAACCUUGAAAAUAAAGGUUCUGCAGCUAAUGAUGGAACUUUUAUUGCAUUCAUUGUAUUGAUGUGUUGUGGUUCGUGUAUUGCCUGCUUUAUGUUACCAAGUUCGAAAGUUUGGAAACUGGAUGGUACUAAAGUUGCUAGUGAUGCUCAUAAAUUCCCCAAUUGGAAAGAUGAAUUGAUGGAUUUGUUUAAAUUGUUGAUUCAUGAACCUAAAAUUCUCAUUAUGUUCCCCAUGUUUUUUGCAUCAAAUUGGUUCUACACUUAUCACUUCAAUAAUGUUAACCAUGGUAUGUUCAAUUUAAGAACUAGAUCAUUAAACUCAUUACUUUAUUGGCUUGCACAAAUGAUUGGUGCUAUUAUCUUGGGUUAUAUUUUGGAUCUUAAACGGUUUUCACGUCCAACUAGAGCCAAAAUUGGUUGGACUAUUCUUUUCGUUCUUGGCUUAGCCAUUUGGGGUGGUGGUUUGAAAUUCCAAUUGGAAUUCACUAGAGAGGAUGUGGAACUGGUACCUCCAAAAAUCACUCCGAUGGAUUAUACUGAAGGUCGUUAUAUUGGUCCCAUGUUUCUUUACAUCUUUUACGGUGGGUACGAUGCCAUUUUCCAGACUUAUGUUUUAUGGACUUUGGGUGCAUUAUCAAAUAAUCCCAAAAAAGUUGCCUUGUAUGCUGGGUUCUACAAAGGUAUUCAAUCAGCUGGUGCUGCAAUUGCUUGGAGAUUGGAUGCCAUUGCUGUCCCAUACAUGAAUUUAUUUGCCUCGUCGUGGGCAUUGGUUCAGGGGUCAUUGUUGAUUGCUAUCCCACUUUUGUGGUUUAAGAUUACUGAUCAUACUGAUGCUAUGCAAGAUGGGUUGGAUAAUGUUGUUGGUAUGGAGGAAAUUGAAGUUGUGAAGUCAAACGUUGAACAUAGAGAAUAG